GUAAAAUCCGCCCUAAGGUUUCCUAGACGUAGUUUGGAGAAGCUGGACAUCGAUCAGUCCCAGAGGCAGAUGAAGAGAGGGAGAUCAACGGCCAGCUCCCGUCCCAGCAGCAGUUGCAGCCACAGCAAAAACCAAAGAACCCCCAACCAGAGAAAAAGGCGAUGUGGGCAGCGCCGACAGGACACCACUGUCUCCACCUCCUCCUCCUCCUCAUCGUCCUCGUCCUCCUCUUCACUCUGUUCUCCUCGAACGCCAUCCGCCCUCUCGCCUCGUCCUUGCCCUUCUUCUCCCUGCAUGCCCUGCAAUGUCAAUGUCCUCCAAGUGCCUUUCCUGGACUCCCUGUCCUCUGUCGCCCCUCCUUUACCUCUGCAACAUGAUCUGGAAUGGAAACAGGUCAGAGCAUACAGUGGGAAAUACAUGAAAG